ACAAAAAUCAUUUCACUUCAAUCCAAUUUCUCUCUCUGAAAAAAAUGAACUCUCUACUCGCAGCUUUUCUCCUCCUCUCGCAGCUGCUGCUCACUACUUCCCGGAAUCUAGGCCUCCACCACCUCAAUUACCACGGCGCCGAUGACUCUCCGACUUACAUAUGGCCGUUGCCGUCGCAGUACACCUCCGGCAACCAAACUCUCACCGUUAACCCCAAUCUGACGCUAUUUACCAGCGGAAACGGCGGUGGCUCUCGAAUCGUUUCCGAAGCAUUUGAUAGGUACAAGAGAAUCAUAUUUGAGCACGCUAGUUUGAAGUUGCCGAGCUCUGGAAUCGACUAUGAUCUCAAUAAACUGACUAUACUUGUCCAUUCAGAUGAUGAGGAGCUUCAACUCGGAGUGGAUGAGAGCUACAAUUUGCUGGUGGCCGCCAGAGAUGCGCAUUCGGUGAUCGGUGAAGUCACAAUUGAGGCAAAUUCUGUUUAUGGAGCGCUGCAUGGUCUAGAGACAUUAAGCCAGCUAUGUUCUUUUGAUUAUGGAACCAAAACUGUAAAACUGUACAAUGCUCCAUGGUACAUCCAAGAUAAGCCAAGAUUUGAAUACCGUGGUCUUCUGCUUGAUACUUCUAGGCAUUAUUUGCCAAUUGAGAUAAUGAAGCAAGUUAUAGAGUCUAUGUCAUAUGCUAAACUUAAUGUCCUCCACUGGCACAUCAUAGAUGAACAGUCAUUUCCUCUUGAAGUCCCAAGUUUCCCGAAAUUGUGGAAGGGAGCAUAUACAAAAUGGGAGCGAUAUACCAUAGACGAUGCUUCUGAAAUUGUCGAUUUUGCAAAAAAGAGAGGUAUUAACAUCAUGGCAGAAGUUGAUGUUCCUGGACAUGCAGAAUCAUGGGGAACAGGAUACCCUGAUCUUUGGCCAUCCUCUUCGUGCAGAGAGCCUCUGGAUGUUUCCAAAAACUUUACUUUUGAUUUGAUCUCUGGCAUACUCUCAGAUAUGAAAAAGAUAUUUCCUUUUGGACUUUUCCAUUUAGGCGGUGAUGAGGUUAAUACAGAUUGUUGGACCUCAACCCCCCACGUGCAGCAAUGGCUUCAAGAUCAUAAUAUGACUGCUAAAGAUGCAUAUAAAUAUUUUGUUCUCCGAGCUCAGGAAAUAGCUAUAUCUCUAAAUUGGACUCCAGUUAAUUGGGAAGAAACCUUCAACAGCUUUCCUACAAGUCUCAACCCCAAGACCGUGGUGCAUAACUGGCUAGGAGCUGGUGUUUGUCCAAAGGCUGUGGCGAAAGGUUUUAGAUGCAUUUACAGUAACCAAGGUUUCUGGUACCUCGACCACUUAGAUGUCCCUUGGGAAUUAGUCUAUUAUGCUGAGCCGCUAGAAUCUAUCACCGAUGCUUCGCAACAAAAACUUGUGCUUGGGGGAGAAGUUUGCAUGUGGGGUGAAACAGCUGAUGCAUCAGAUGUACAACAGACAAUAUGGCCCCGAGCAGCUGCAGCAGCAGAGCGGCUGUGGAGUGCGCAGGAGUCUGGAUCUUCGCGUGCAACGGUGCUGGAAAGAUUAGAGUAUUUCCGCUGUCUGCUGACGAGGCGUGGUGUCCCAGCAGCCCCGGUUAGAAACUUCUAUGCUCGUAGACCUCCAGUUGGCCCGGGUUCUUGCUACAGACAGUGAAGGGAAGCUGAUUCUGUUGAGUCUGAGUAAUUGAACCAGAACAUAAGCCUUGCCAUCUCUUGUUUCUCUGCUUUGUAUUGUGAUUGUGGAUGUCUAUAUACCAAUUGCUGCUCUCACUCU